CAGCAGUUGCUGGAGUUUCCUCUAGAGAACCGGGCUUUUACCAUCUUCCUGCCCAUGUAAGGUCAACCGGGGGGGUCCCUGAACGCCCCGUGUGGUCCCUGAACGCCCCGUGUUCACUCAGACUAUCAUCACUGUGCUCUCUGCCUGCAGACAGCUGCUCCAUCUCCAGUAUUUAAACUCCCAAAACCCCCAAAAUCCCCCAAACCCCUCAGACAGCAGACAGCAGAAGACAUCAGAAGACAUCAGAAGACAUCAGAAGACGGAGACAGCAUGGCGAGCAGAAAGACCAAGAAGAAGGAAGGAGGAGCUAAAAGAGCUCAGAGAGCCUCGUCCAACGUGUUCUCCAUGUUUGAACAAACUCAGAUCCAAGAGUUCAAAGAGGCGUUCACGCUGAUCGACCAGAACCGGGACGGGUUCAUCGAUAAGGAAGACCUGAAGGACACCUACGCCUCUCUGGGUAAACUCAACGUGAAGGACAAGGAGCUGGAAGACAUGCUGAAGGAAGCCAGCGGCCCGAUCAACUUCACCAUGUUCCUCGGUCUGUUCGGAGAAAAGCUGCACGGUACUGACCCUGAAGAAACCAUCUUAAAUGCUUUCAAACUGUUCGACCCAGACGCCCAAGGCUUCGUCCACACACAUGAAUUACAGACACUUCUGAUGACGCAGGCGGACCGCUUCACCCCUGAGGAGGUGAAGCAGAUGUUUCAGUCGUCGAACAUCGACGCGGCCGGAAACCUGGAUUACAAAUCUCUGUGUUACAUCAUCACCCACGGAGAGGAGCAGGAGGAAGCCUAACAUCUGUCUGCACAGCCUAACAUCUGUCUGCACAGCCCAACAUCGGUCUGCAAGCUGCACACACACACCAACAUCUGUCUGCAAGCUGCACACACACACCAACAUCUGUCUGCAAGCUGCACACACACACCAACAUCUGUCUGCAAGCUGCACACACACCAACAUCUGUCUAGAGCAGCACACAGCCCAACAUCUGUCUGCAAGCUGCACACAGCCCAACAUCUGUCUGCAAGCUGCACACACACCAACAUCUGUCUAGAGCAGCACACAGCCCAACAUCUGUCUGCAAGCUGCACACAGCCCAACAUCUGUCUGCAAGCUGCACACACACCAACAUCUGUCUAGAGCAGCACACACACCAACAUCUGUCUAGAGCAGCACACACACCAACAUCUGUUUGUAUUCUUUAAGUGCAAAUAAAAAGGAAACUUCUCA